AUGGUUCCGUUCCGCAACUUCUUGGCCAAAAAGUCCGCCGCGCCCAAUGGCGGGGAGAUUGAUAGCAAUCCUAACGGCCGUUUAUCCACAGAGAGUCACAGUUCGACGGCUCUGAGUUUCAGGAAAAGCUCCGAUAAUGAACCGGUCGAAUAUAAAUUGAGUGUUGUCGACGACAAUGGUGCUUAUCUUCCGCCAUCUCCUCCGGAGAAGCAGAGCUUCUGGCAUCGGCAUCCGGGCUCAUCGAAAUCAUCGAAUCACCGAUGUUUAGUUGACGAUAAUGAACCCUUUUCUAUAUCCCGCGAAUCGUUUGAUUCAUACCGCCGGUCAUUCGACAUCUCCGCCCGCUCUCCAGUGAGCUACUGUGACACGGUGCCAUCUCGAACGUCACUUGACUCGCGCUUCUCUCGCAUAACAUCGACAUCUGCCGUGCAUACCGGAUUUAGGAAACAACCCGAAUCUAUGGAGGAGGAACAAUUUGAAGACGUGGGACUGGAAGAAGAAGAGAAGCCGAAGAAAAAAGGCAUAUUUUCCCGACUCGGCGACUUCACAAGCGACUCACAAACGCCGAAUUCCAAAGCCUCUCACCUGGGCUUUCAUAUCCCUGGCAGGAAACGAGGGCAAAGCAAUGUAGGCUCCGAACUCGGCGCCAUGAAGCCACCGUCGCCCGGCGUAGCGACAGAGGUGCGUGAGGGCUGA